CUUUCGUAGUUUUCAAAAAAUUUUCGAUGGAAGCGGUUCUGUCAGCGGAAAAGUGAAAAACAUAUUGCAGAGCCUGCCUGAAGAAAACUGAAGAAAAUCCCCUCUAAUAAAAUAGCAGCUCUCAGCUAAAAAAAAAACACAACAAUAAUUUCUGCAAAGUCAACGAAAAAUUAAUUUAAUAAUUUUUCUGCCAACGCCGUCAUAAACGUAAAAAUAAUAAUUUUUUGGCAACAACUCUAAAAACGCGGAAAGUAUUUUCGUCAAAAUUUAACGUGAAAAUAAAAACAACAACGCGAGUGCACGUGUGUGAGUGUAUGCUGCCAAAUAACAGAGAGUGUGUGUGUGUGUCAGUCUGUGUGUGACAGAUCACAAAAAAAAAGGCAAAAAAAAUUAAAUUCAAGUUGUCGAAAGUCGUGGAAGAAAAUUGAAGAAAAAUAGUGCAAGCGCUGCAGGGAAAUUGUCCGGAAAAAUCGCUAAGUCCAUUGUUUUUUGCCGGCAACUUAAUGACGUCACGUCGUGCCGCAAAGCAACAAAAAGCACAACAGCAACAGCAACAACGACAACAGCAGCGAUAACAACAAAACGCGUGUUUAGUUACACACACACCAGUGCAACGAAAGGAGAGAAAAAAAAGAUAAUGUAAAAUCAGCUUACACACUCAGAAAAAAAAGAGCAGUAAAAAUAUAUAAAAUAUACAAAAAUUUAACAGCUGCGUCUAUCUAUAGAUAUAUAUUUAAUAAAACACACACACACAUCUAUAAUAUUUAAAUAGGCGUUCGAUUUGAAUCAAAAUUAUAUAGCCCCAAGCUAUCAGCUAUAUCCCCGCAAGCUUUGUACUCCACAAAAACGCUAAAGAACAAAAAUCAAUAUAAAAAAAACUAAAAAAGAAACUGAAAUCAUAUACCAUCUAUAGAUCUAUGCUAUAUACAUAUAUAGGUGCUGAUCUGUGCUGUUGAAUUUAGUGUUCUUUGUGUGUGCGUGUCGCGAGAGGAGUAAAACUAAGAAAAAGCAAAAACAAAACAAAAAACUUUCUCUAGUCGCUAGGCUAAACUCUAUAUAAACUCCAGCUAACCCAGAUCCGUAAACAGCAUAUAUAUAUAGUUAUAUAUAUCUAUAACCCUCCCGAAAAAAAAAAAAAACACAAAACAAAAACAAAAACACGAUGGCCAACGUUGUCAAUAUGAACAGCCUGCUGAACGGCAAGGACUCGCGCUGGUUGCAACUGGAGGUCUGCCGUGAGUUUCAGCGCAACAAAUGUUCGCGCCAGGACACCGAGUGCAAGUUCGCCCAUCCCCCGGCCAACGUGGAGGUCCAGAACGGCAAGGUCACCGCCUGCUACGACAGCAUCAAGGCUGCUCAACUCUUAGACAUGGACAACUUCAAGGGACGCUGUAAUCGUGAUAAACCGCCGUGCAAAUAUUUUCAUCCACCACAGCAUCUGAAGGAUCAGUUAUUGAUAAAUGGACGCAAUCAUUUGGCCCUCAAGAAUGCACUGAUGCAACAGAUGGGCAUCGCGCCCGGCCAGCCGGUCAUAUCGGGCCAAGUGCCAGCCGUGGCCACAAAUCCCUAUCUGACUGGCAUUCCGGCCAACUCGUACAGUCCGUACUACACAACGGGACACCUGGUGCCCGCUUUGCUGGGCCCGGAUCCGACGGCCGUGGCCUCCCAACUGGGACCCGUGGUGCCCCAAACAGUGCAGGUGGCCCAGCAGAAAAUACCACGUUCCGACAGAUUAGAGGUGUGCCGCGAAUUCUUGCGCGGCGCCUGCAAACGGGCGGAAUCCGAGUGCCGGUUCGCCCAUCCGCAGGAGAGCGUCGCCAGGCACGACGACGGCUCGAUAACGGUUUGCAUGGACGCCGUGAAGGGCAGGUGCGCACGCGACCCCUGCCGCUACUUCCAUCCCCCCCUGCACCUACAGGCACAAUUAAAAGCGGCCCAAACACGCGCCACCGCUGUCGCUGCUGCAGCUGCGACCUCACCUCUUGCGGCACACCAUCACCAGCAACAACAACAAUUGCAACACCAGCUGAACAACAUCAACAACAACAACCACAGCACCGCUGGCGCAGCAGCAACAUCGACAACAGCAACAACAACCACAAACAACGCCGCUGCCGCCGCCGCCGCUGCUGCUGCCGCCGCUGCAGCCGCUGUAAUGGGCCAUCAUACACUGGAAGUGGGCAAGAAGCGGGCGGCGGACACAACCGAUAUGUUUCCACUGAUGGAUGUUAAAACGGUUGGUUCAUUUUACUAUGAAAACUUCCAGUUCUCUGGCAUGGUACCGUUCAAACGUCCAGCUGCCGAAAAGUCUGGCAUUCCAGUUUAUCAGCCCGGUGCGACCGCCUAUCAGCAGUUAAUGCAGCCCUACGUGCCAGUCUCAUGUGAGUAUCCCCAACAACAACAACAACAACAACCACCACCACAACAACAACAACAACUACAUCAACAACAACAACAAUCUGUACUACUACAACAACAACAACUACAAUUAAGUAGCGCCAUAACAACAACAACUACAACAGCAACAGCCAGUAAUAAUCUAAUUAAUAAUAUUAAUAAUAAAAGUAUCAUAAACGCUGUAAUUGCUACUACCAAUAUACCAUCAGCAUCAUCAGCAGCAACAACAACAACAACAGCAACAAUAGCAGCAUCAUCAUCGUCAUUAUCAUCAACUCCAUCAUUAUUAUUAUCAGCAACAGCAGCAACAACAACAAUAGCUACUAUUAAUCCAAACGAUAGUGCCGAUAACGAUAACGAUAACGAUCGCAAUCAAGUCCAUGACAAAGAUCAAGAUAAUGCUGCUGCUGAUGGUGAAACUGAAAAUGCGGAACGCAACAGCGAUGACAUUGAUCAAGCCAUCAAUCAAGACAAUAAUAUUGACCAAACGAAUCUUAAUCUGAAUCUAGAUCCGAACCAAAAUCCAAGUCCCACUAACGAUUGUAGUACAACACGAACAAUCUCACCAAAUCCAGACACAGCAACUGCAACAACAACAAUAACAACAGAUACAUUAGAUACUGUUACUACAACAGCAGCUUUAACAGCCACAUCUAAUGGCGCCACAUCGCCAAACUCUUGCCCCAAUUCCCCGCAAGGCGAUAGUCUUCUGCCCCUAUCCAAUGGCCUGGGUGACAAUAACAAUUACUUAUCCUAUAUCAAUAACAAUCUGAACAAUGGCCAACUAAAGUCGGCUAAUCCCGACGAACUGAAUGGCGAUUUAGAGGGUAGCAGCAGCAAUAACCCAGCAGCAGCAGCAGCAGCAUCGGCAUCGCGCAACUAUGCCAAGCAGAAUGGCGAGGCUUAUUCUAGAUAUACGGCCAAUGGUCAGAGCACUGGUAUCCUGCCAACACCCACUACUUCUGCUCCGGCAGUUUCCUAUCACUCUCAGGCUCAGGUUCAGGCUCAGGUCCAGGCUCAGGCUCAGGCUCAGGCACAGGCUCAGGGCUUGCAGCGCAUUAACUAUGCCAUGCCCGCCUAUAGCUAUGGUAAUCUUUACUCCGCCUAUGGUGGAGCCACCUCAACCAUGGGGAGUCUGCCUAGCAGCACUCCAUCAUAUGCCCAGGCUCAAAUGCAACAGCAGCAGCAGCAGCAACAACAGCAGCAACAGCAACAGGCUCAGGUUCAGGCCCAAGCUCAGGCCCAGGCUCAUGCUCAGGCUGUCUAUGCCCAGCAAGCCUAUGCCGCCUAUGCUGCAGCCGCUGGUCUGGCUCCUCAAGCCACCACGGCAGGUGCUUACUACACCGAUCCCGCUGCCUUGGCCAAGGAAGUGGCCCAAAAGAACUACGCCAUGAAGGUGGCCAGUGCCGCUGGAAAACCAAGUGCCUCAUCCGCGGCAGCUGCCUACACGGGAUUGACUCUGAACAAGAGCUAUGUAGCAGCAGCAGCUGGUCCACAGGCUGUUCAGGCAGCUCAACCCCAAGCCGUUUCCAUGGCAGCUCUCCUGCAGAUGCAGGCUCAGGCACAGGCUCAGGUACAGGCCCAAGCUCAAGCUCAAGCCCAGGCCCAGGCCCAGGCACAGGCGCAGGCGCAGGCUCAACUGCGUCAGUUAGGUUCUCUGCCGAGUUCCGGUCUAACCACACCAGUUCCCGGCACUCCAGUGCGUUCAGCACAAGCUGGAUCGGUGGCUGCCGGUCAGUAUCAAUCCGCUGCCUUACUACGAGCACCUUCGCCCAUGCCAUAUGCCCAGGCUCAGAGCUAUUUCUAUCCCGGCAUGAUGCCCACCGCAGCCUAUGCCAUGCCACAAACUCAGGCUGCUGCAGCGCAGCAAUAUGCAGCAGCUGCUGCAGCGGCAGCAGCCGCCGCUCAGGCAGGAACUCCAGGCAGUGCCAUGGUCCUGAAUCCAUACAAAAAGAUGAAAACCUCCUAAGAAGCUGGGCAAUAACCGACUAACUUAACUAAAACACCCAAACACAACUGUACUUAAGACACUGAAAGCCAUUUGGAUAGCCAAAUGGUAAAGUCACACUUAAUUAGAUUGAUAGAUUUAAACACAUCGAAGACGUAAGUUUAUGUGCCUCAGUUUUCUUGGAAAAGGACAUGUAGAGAGAAGCGUUUAGACGUUUAGUUAUACCAUAGGCCUCAUAGCGUUAGAUUAACUACCACGAACCAUGACACGAUAACUAACGAAAAUUCUGACAGACAGCGAGACAGAUCGAAGAUCGAUGCUUUACUAACACAAAUGCCCGAUACUUGCUGACCAAUCGAUAAUUUGCCAUUAAGUUAUUUGACAGAACGAAACAUAACCUCACUGUGACUCAAAUGUGUUGCCAUUUUUCGCACAAGAAUCGAGAAACGAUGCUUUUAAAGCACAAGCGGAAGAACGGAAGGGAAACAGAUGUUAGCUGAUAGUAAUACUUAAGUUCCUUUUUUCGGAUAGCUCUUAGUCAACUCUAGUUUAUAGAAAGCGAACGGUCACACAAAACACGGAUAGAUAAAAGAAAAACUAAAAAAACGCGGACGGGAUAUAAUGAGAAAACGAAAGAGAGGGAGAAACGAAGAACUGUGAUAGCGAAAAAGCUUUUGCGGGAUCAAAAGGAUAUAAAGCCAUGGGAAAAGGAUAAUCCUCUAAUGCUGCUGCCGAUGCUGGGUACAGUUGUGUAUGCUUGUUGCUAGCUGCGGGUGCUUAAUGCCAUAUCGCCGUCCCUGUCUCCCAUAUGCGGUAGUUCGUAUAGCUAUCUAUCUAUCUCUCUCUCUCGCUACCGCUCAUCAUUCAUUUUCUGCGCGCUCUCUCUCUCUCUCUCUGUCUAACACCCUAUCGCUGUCUCUGAAUGUUUCCUAACUAGCUACAUAGAUGAUAGCUAGCGUGAAUGCUGUUGUAAUUGUUUAAAAUUGUUGAGCAACGAUAAAUGCGUAACGAAUAUUGUCUAGUUUAUAUAGAAUACUUAUACGAUAUAUACAUAUACAUAUAAACCUAGCUGUACGUGCUGUAUGCUGCUACCCAUAUACGAUAUACGAUAUAUACACCCACACCCACACACCCACACCCACACACACACACACUAUGUACUCUAACAUACGCUCAUCUCUCACUAAAACACAACAACAACAAAAAACAAAACAAAAAUGGCAUAAACAUGACCAGGAUCGAUCUGUAAAUCGUAUGUCUAGCUUACUAAUCAGAUAUUACAGUACAGUCAUCACCAGCCACGAUCACGUCUCUCUAUCCGUUUCACUUUAACACACACAUAUACACAUCCGUACACCAUUCAGACUGUUAAGCCAGCAAAAUUGAUUUAUGUUAAUGUUAUGUUAUCGAGAUUUAAAUUUGAUGUUUUGACCAGAACUACUAUGUAAAACCUUUUUGAUUUUUAACGACUAUCUCUAUAUAUCUAGCCCCGAUACCACUCUCACUCAUCUGUCUCUUAACCCUCCGUAUCGCCCACUCUUUCGAUGUAUUAUAAAUGUUUUCCGUUUUCUGUAAUCGAAAUGUUAAGCAAUUAAUAAUAAAAUCAUUGACAAACAGAAUUAAGUUUUUAAUAUUAGAUCUCGUGUGAUUAUCAGUUUUUUCUUUACGUUCUUCUCUAUGUAAUUUUUACGUUGAUAUUUAUGUAUUUUAUGUACUUAUUAAACAAGUUUUUUUAGUGUAGUUAUUAUAUAAUUUUUAAACGUGUGUUCCCCCCAUGAUUGAGAAAUAGGUUGAAACUUUGAGAAGAAACCUACAACAACAUGAUAAAUUUGCCACUGGCUUGCGAACCUUAAGUUUUAGACUUACCCCCGCCCGCCUAUACCACCUUUGCACCUGCUAAGAAACUCCACCACAUCCGAGAACAUCCCCACACAUACAUACAUUACUAUUCGAUAUAUAUAUAUAUGAUAAUCUCUGUAAAAUUGUUUUUAAUUGAAGUACUUCUAAUGUCUUACAACGAUUUGAUGUUUGCCACUAAUUCUUAUCCUAAUUCUAAUCCUAAUUCUAGUUUAGUUUCGAUAGUUUUUAUUAAUGUUUUAUUUGAAAUACCGUGUGUUUAUCUAAAUAUAUAGUUUAAAGAAACAAAAAACAAAUAUAUAUAUCUUAUUGUGUGUUGGUAUUAUACUUUUAUUGAUUUACUUAUUUUGGUAUUCACUUGAUAUAUACGUUUUCUGUUGUGCCGCUUUUACUUCUCACCACUCUGAUAUAAACGUACUCCUUUGAUAUAUAGACAUAUAUAUCAGUUAUAUAUCCCAAUCCACACAAGCUUUGCCGAGCGCUUUUGGGCAGAGCAGCACCCUCUCUCUCUCUCUUUCUAUCUAUCUAUCUCUCCUACCCUCCAAAGCUUACCAAAUUCUUGAUUUAAUAUGAUUUUUUAAUAUUAUAUCAUUUAUUUAAGCAUUUAUCGCUAUCUCCCUCUCUCUCUCUCACACUCACACAGACACAGAAAACACAGCCAUACAUAAUCUAAGGACUGCCUGACUUUUCCUCUUUGACCUGCUUACCACACACUAUUGCUUCUUCCCCAAUCUGAUCUAUACCUCCUCCCCCCAGUAAAUCCAUCUCAUUCUAUAUAUGUUUUAGCUCUUAGAAUAAUGGCAAGCAAAAUGAGUACGCUAAUGGUAGAGACUUAGUUGUAAAAUCUGAAUAUACCAUCUAUAUCUUAACAUAAACCUUAUAUGCCUAUGGCCAGCUAAUGCUUGGCUUACUCUAUAUACUCGAUAAGAAAGAUGCUUACUAAACAUGGCAGCCGAAUACAAUAUUGAAUCAACCUAUAUAUAUAUAUAUAUAUAUAUAGCAAGCUAAACCAGAUUCAAGUAUAUAUAUAUAUAUUCAUCAUAUAUCUCAAUGUCUUGCCUAAAAGUAUGAUAACAUCUAUCUAUAUGUGUCGUAUGGUUAAUUUUUUUGUUCGUUAACAAUGUAGAACUGUUGCCGUUGGCCCAUGAUUUCAGCUAAAUGAAAAACCUAUGCGAAAAUGUUUAGAAAACGCUCUCAAAACUAAGAACUAAAGCAAAAACAAAAAAACAAAACAAAAAACUUGAAAACAAACUCAAAAAAAAAAAACACCCACUCACCACUGCAUGGCGCC